GCUUGACUGCGACCAUGUUCUUCCUGUUCAUGGAGUCGGUGCCCAACCUCACCGGCUUCACCCUCCUGAUGCCAGCAGUAUCUGUUGGAAAUGUUGGCCAACUUGCAAUAGAUCUGAUUAUUUCUAUGCUAAACAUGUCUAAGAUUGGAUACUUAUAUACCGACUGUCUUGUGCCAAUAGUUGGAAACAAUCCAUAUGCAACUGGAGAAGAAAAUUCAAUAGAACUUAGUAUAAAUGCUGAAGUAUAUUCAUUGUCUUCAAGAAAGCUAAUGGCUCUUCAGUUAAGACCCAUUUUCAUUAAAUAUAAAACAAAGCCAGUCUGUGAAAGACUACUUUCCUGGGUAAAAGGCACCAGCUGUGCCAGAGUUAUUGUGCUUUCAAGUAGUCAUUCAUACCAACGUAAUGAUCUACAACUUCGCAGUCCUCCCUUCCGGUACCUACUUACACCUCCCAUGCAAAAAAAUGUUCAAAAUAAAAUGAAGAGCCUUAAUUGGGAAGAAAUGGAAAAAAGCCCAUGCAUUCAUGAAAUAAAUGGUUCUGAGUUUUGUAUUCGUAUUCCGAGAGGAGGUAUCACAAAAGCACUCUGUGAUGAAAACUGUUCUAAAGAUAUCCAAAUGGCAGUUCUGCUGAAAUUUUUUUCAGAAACGGACAAUAUCCCAACUGCAUUAGGUCUUGUUGAGUAUCUUAAUGAAUGGCUUCAAGUAAUCAAACCACAUAGUGAGGACCCCACAGCACCUUCCUUGCGGUAGAAAAUACCAAGUUCUUGGAGAUUACUUUUUGGCAGUGGUCUUCCCUCUGCAC